CUUCGCCGCGGCCGGUUUCCAGCGGGACCCGAUUCGCGCGUUUGACUCGAAGUUUUCGUCCGUCCGGCGAGUGAAAGUAAAAAUAACCCGGCCCCUAACCCAAUUGCCAAUUUUUACGCAUUUCGCAUUGUUGUGAGCGUUCGACCCCCGUGCAUGUGACCCCCCGGUAGCCCCACGUGGCGCCAACCCCGCGGACCGGUUCCGCGAAAAUUUUGUGUGUUGCGUUGAAAAAGUUCGGAAAAUUUGAGAAAUUCUAGGAAUUUUCGGCUCUAAUGCACUGUUGUUCCGCUGUUUUAAAAGUGUGUUUUGUAUUUGGUUAUUUGGAUACGUCGGACCUUCACCUUUUUACAGGUGGAGCAGGAGUAGAGAGUAGCGUUGGAUGGUGAAGAUGACCCGGUGUCGCGGCAAUGACGUCACCGAGAGUGAGUGUCGCUCGUGUUUCCCAUGCAACGGGCCCGGGCUCGAACCGGAAGCUGCCGAAAGUGAUAGUGCGAUUACCUCUUCGGCCCUCUUUCGGGAUUCGUGCAAUUUUUGCCGCGAGUGUUCAAAUAGUGUAGUUAUGACGUCGCGGAGCGUAUUUCGCGCGUCUUUAGCCGUAGUUUUAUCGUUGUCGUUGUUAUCUUGUGCCGAUGCCUUUAACCUAGACACGGAAAAUUGUGUGAGGCACCGAGGACCGCCCAUGUCCAUGUUCGGAUUCAGCGUCGCCGAACACAAGGAGCGUGGAUCUAGCUGGGUUUUAGUUGGUGCCCCCGAGGCUCAAACGGGCCAGCCUGGCGUCGAAAGGGGAGGCUCCGUGUAUCGAUGUGAUGUCAACAACGAUGAUUCCUGCGAAGAAAUCACUUUCGAUCGAACUGGAAAUAACAACAGUUCGCAAGGAAUGCAAAUUGACAAGAAGUCUCACCAAUGGUUUGGUGCAACUGUCAGAAGCUCUGGCGAAGAUGGAGUAGUUGUGGCUUGUGCUCCUCGUUACGUUUGGUACACAACGAAUGUAAAUCGAAGGGAUCCAGUUGGUACUUGCUACAUUUCGAAAAAUCAGUUCACAGACUUUUCCGAAUACUCGCCUUGCCGAACCCGAAACUGGGGUUACCACAGGCAAGGAUCCUGCCAAGCUGGUCUUGGCGCCUCCAUCUCGAAGGAUGGCAAGCGAUUGUUUAUUGGAGCAGUUGGUAGCUGGUAUUGGCAAGGUCAACUUUACUCUAUCGAUAGCAAUGUUCGUCUACCAUUCCUCCCUUCACGACUACCAUUCAUUGAACAUGAGCCAGGUCAAGUGUUCUCUCAAAAUUUAUACAAUCGUCCAGAAGUGUUAUCAACGAAUGAAGGGCCACCAGCAGAUGAUGACUCUUAUCUUGGUUACUCUGUUGCUGUUGGAGAUUUUGCAGAUGAUGGGGAGGCUGGUGUGGCCGUUGGCAUGCCAAGAGGUGCAGGUCUUCUCGGCAAAAUUGUUCUGUACUCAUGGAACCUGACCAACCUUCAAAACAUCACUGGCGAACAGCUUGGAGCAUAUUUUGGCUACUCUUUGUGCGUAGUUGAUGUUGAUGGAGACGAACUUGAUGAUUUAAUUAUUGGGGCACCAUUAUACACAGAUAUGACAAACAAUGAAGGCCACUAUGAGAAUGGAAGGGUUUACGUUGUUUACCAAGGAAGAGAAACUUACAAGUUCAGAGAUUUGCAUACGCGAGAUGGUAAAAACUCCAAGUCAAGAUUUGGCCUUGCUCUCACUUCCUUAGGCGAUAUCAACAAAGAUGGCUUUGGUGACUUUGCUGUUGGAGCCCCAUAUGAUGGGCAAUUUGAAAGAGGAGCCGUGUAUAUCUAUCAUGGAUCUCGCAAUGGUGUUAGAGAGAAAGCCUCGCAAGUCAUUUUUGCAGAAAACGUUCUACCAGGCCACGCUACAACUUUUGGAUUCUCUCUUUCUGGAGGAUUGGAUUUGGAUAACAAUCAGUACCCUGAUCUCAUUAUCGGCGCCUAUGAAGCUGACUCGGCAUUUUUCUUAAGAGCAAGGCCUGUGGUAAAAAUGCAGUCCAGUUUACAGUUCAUCUCAGAGUCUAAGCAGAUCUCUCUUGAGGACCGUACUUGCAGUCUGAAAGACACCACUGAAGUUUCAUGCCUUCAGUUGAGCACCUGCUUAGAAUAUUCUGGCAUAGGAGUUGACAAGAACCUAGAUUUUGAUGUCCAACUUCUCCUAGACUCAAAGAAACCCAAAAGCCCCCGAAUGUUCUUCUUAUCAGAGGAAGGAAAGAAUGUCAUGAACCAAAGUUUACGGUUGGAAAAAGGCACCCGAUUUUGCAAGAAUAUGAAUGUCUAUAUCAAGACAUCUGUUCGGGACAAACUGACCCCUCUUGAAGCAGAGAUGCGGUAUACUCUUCGUGACGCCUACACUCACUUUACCUCCUCCUCACGCAGAACAUCAAGACUCUUGACCCCUGUUUUAGAUAUGGACGAUGAACUUGCUCUUGUGAGGAGAGACUCUGUCAGCAUUCAAAAGAACUGUGGCAAAGAUAACGUGUGCAUUCCUGACCUUCGCUUGAUUGCUCAACCGAGUGUGAAGCGCUACUUACUCGGCUCUGGUGAACGACUUUACAUCGAUGUGCUAGUACAGAAUGAAGGUGAAGAUUCCUUUGAAUCAACCUUCGACAUGGCGAUACCACCUGGUAUGAAUUAUGUUAAUAUUGAGCGAAUUGAUGAUGCUGAAAAAGAAAUUCCUGUGUUGUGCUCUGCUCCAACAUAUGCCAACAAUUUCACACUUCACUGUGAUAUUGGAAAUCCACUUCCCAAGGAGAAAUUGGUUCACUUCAAAGUCAUUUUAGAAGCUUUCCAUAAAGAAGGAAUGAAGCCUCGCUACGAAUUUUACAUGGCUGUGAACAGCACCAACCCUGAGAAAAGCAUCUCCAUUUCUGAUAACCUGGAACAUCUGAGUGUUCCAAUUUGGGUGGAGUCAGAUCUUAUUCUGCAAGGAUCAUCUCAUCCAUCUGAUGUCCACUACAAUUCUACCAUCUACAACUUCGAAAAUAUCACAACAGAAGCUGAUAUUGGACCACAAGUGAUUCACAUAUAUAGUAUUCGGAAUAAAGGACCGUCUGACAUUUUAGAAGCUGAAGCUUACUUUUUGUGGCCAUCUUACACGCUUGAUGGAGAUCAUCUCCUCUACUUGCUCGAGCAGCCAGAAACCAGUGGGCCUGUUAAAUGUGAACUUGUCGAUAAAGUGAAUGAACAGGAAGUCAUUCUUGAUAAGAAACGGAAAUCAUACCUUGAGUUGACAGGUAUUCAAAACAGCUUAAUGGGUGUGACAUCUGCACAACACUCUGUCAGUCAAGGAAAUAAUCUGAAGUAUGAAGAAUCACAAAAAUCAUCCACCGCUUCAACAUCAUUUACUGCAAGUAACACCUUCAAUGCUCGUGGUCAGAAUAGUCGACAGAACAAAGGUGAAAAGAAUGAGAAAAGUAAGCACAAAAAGUAUGAGGAAAAGAAAAAGUUUGAAGAGUCAAGCUUUGAGACUGGAUCUAGUGGAUCCAGGUCUAGCUCUCAAAGCCGAGUUGGAUCUGGUUACUCUGAAAGCUCUUACUCAGCCAACAGACAAAAUACAGAAAAAGUUCACCAGAAUGUUAGAGUGCCUAUUGAAAUAAGUGUCGCAAGUGCUAACAGAUUAUCAAGCUCAAGUUCAAGCAAGACAUCUGAGGACCAAUUCAACGUCCAGACUAAAGAAGAAGGAUCAGCUCAGAGUGUCAAUCAAGCUGGAAUCCAUGAAAAUGUUGGUGUCGAUAUUAGCCGCAGCUCAUCAAAGAAUUAUGAAAGCUCCUUUGCAUCCAACAGGAAUGCUAAUGCUGCCAAUUCGAGGCGAGUCUCAAGUGGUGAGCGUUUUGAAAAGAACUACAACCAAGGAAGUUCCAUCGAUCUAGGUGCAAAUCAUGGCCUUGAUUUUAGUGUAACCACCGAUGGUAAAGAUCACUCCUCGUUCCACUCGGUAGAUAAAUCAUAUACAGCUAACACAACCUGGGACUCGGACAGUGGGGUCCAAAGAACUGUUGACCAUUCCAGCUGGAAAACGAAUGAUGAUGGUGUUGUUAAAAAUGGAAGUAGAAGUAGAGUAUAUUCUGGUCAACCAAACGUUGAUUUUGGAAUUGAUAGUAACUAUGGAGUCACAAAAAGUAGUUCUGGAAACUACAACUUUGAUAUCAAUUUAGCAAAUAGUCAGACUGGUAGAAGUGGCUCUGGUCAGCUCCACACUGGCUCUGAUGCUGAAAGCCGCUAUUUUGCCGGAAAUAACGCGGACUUAGGGAGCCGCUCUCAACACAAUUAUGCAGUGUCUGAGGCCUCUGAGACUGUAUCAGAGAGUUCUCGUCGGUUUUCAAAGAAUGAGGGUGACAUCUGGAGCAACACUCAAAAAAGUAGGGAAAGAUUGGAUGAAGAAAGGAGGAACCGAGCUAACUUAGCAGCAAAGAGACGGCAGGAAGAAUUCGACAGGCAAAGGCUUGAGGAAGCAGAACGAAGAAGGCAAGAAGAGGAACGGCAAAGGUUUGAGGAAGCGGAGCAAAGAAGGCAGGAAGAGGAGAGGCAUCGAGCAGAGGAGCUGGAAAGGAGGAGGUAUGAGGAGAGAGAAAGACAGCGGCAAGAAGAAAUUGAGAGGAGAAGGAAUGAAGAGUAUGAAAGAAAGAGGAUUGAGGAGAUUGAAAGGAGGACUCAUGAAAUAAAUCAAAGAGGUCGCUCAUCUUCUUACCAAUCGUCCUCCUCUUACCAGUCCUCCGCGUCCCACCAAUCUUCUGCAUCCCACCAGUCCUCAAGCAAAGAGGUGGAAGACAGCUCCGGUAGGCUUAAAUUGUACACCAAGUACAAGAGAGAAAUAACUCUUAAGGAUGAUGAAGAACUUGAAGAUGCCUUGAAUUGUGGGCCAACCAAAUGCACAAAGAUCAGGUGCUCCAUCGGCCGCCUAUCGAAAGAUCAAGAGGGAUGGGUAGCUUUCAGAUCCAGAGUUUGGAUGCCGACUAUUAAGAAGAUUGCCGAUGACAAAGAGGUUCAUUUAAGUUCAAUGUUAGCAGCUCGUGUAACUAAAUUACCGCAUGUCGGUGCUCCUGAUGUUCCUGUCGUUAGAAGUCAUGAAAUUCGUACUCAGGUUCUAUCGAGAGAUACCGGAGUUGAACCAGAGAUGGUCCCUCUUUGGGUUGUGAUUCUCUCCGCAGUACUUGGUGCCUUAAUACUAAUGCUGCUGAUAUACUUACUUUACAAGUGUGGUUUCUUCAAGCGUAAUCGCCCGCAAAACAUCCCUGAAAAACAACCCUUGAACCGUAAUGGAAUUUAUCAAACUGGAGAUGAAGCACUGUAGUGAAAUUUAUCAAGGUUCCUUACAUGUGCCUUCUGCCAUUACCUCAAUGUAGUCUCACGAUUACUUUCUCCGGAAAGAAAAGAGCCGCCAAUUUUCUGAAUCGACAAGUCAUAGGAGUAUUUGCAUAAGUUCUUCUAAUUUAGGCGCAGUGUGAUAUUUGUUAUAAAUUAAUUGCAUCUAAAAUUUGUUAUCUGUUUAAAGUUUUAAUAGAUUUAUUUAUGUAGGUAUUUCAAGUUACUUUUUUAUGGUCAUGUUGAAGCGUCAAAUUCUAAAAACUAGAUUUUUAAUGCAGUCUUUAUGGAGCCUUUUCAUAUGAAUACCUAUUCUCCACUUUCACAAUUGAAGCAAUUCUUAAUGAAGAAUACUCCAUUUAAAGUGUAACUUUGUUCACUCAGCUGCCUCAUUUUAUUUUAAUUUUAAGUGCCAUUCUUACUUGCUCAACUAUUAAAGUUUCACACUCAGUCUGCUCGGACGAACUCAACCUGAACUCAGCACAGUCAGUUUAGCUAUGUCUAGUUGUUAAAACCAGUCUAGGUGCUAACCAAGUUUAAAUUGAAGUUAACUUUUAAAUCCAACCUGUGUCGAUUCUCAUACAUGAAAGUAGUUCUUGCAAUCUGAAUUUUUCAUCAUAACUUCACUCCCCAAUUUUUUUUUUUUUUAAACUUGAAAUACUGACCCUGCAGCCAUCAUUUUUUUACUUAUUAAUUCACCCUCUUUUGUAUUGCCUUUUAAUGGGCUUUUGCUUGAUCUUUAGUCAGUAUUUUGAUCAGAAAUUUACUUACUGAAGAAAUUCAGCACUCUUGAGUUCCUUUUUUAUUUUUAAAGUAUUAUCCAACUGUGCCAUGUGUUACAUUUUAAUUUUUGUCUGAUCCUGUAUCACGCUCUUCAGUUGGAAAAAAAAGAAGAAGAAAAAUAAUUAUUAAAACUUUGAGUAAAGAAGCGAUAGUGAUAAGUUUAGUUUUGCUGUUUUCUUUUUCAUUAGUGUGUUUGUAGAAGCAGGUUGUAGAAGCUGAAUUUAGUUAAGAAAAUUAUUUGAAAUCAGUGCAGGAAAAUUGAACCAUCGUUAUCAAUUGUCAAGUUUUUUUUUUAAUUAUUCACAGUAGAUUGUUGAUAAUAUAAAGUCGUAGAAACCCUCUGAAGAGCUUUAGACAAAUAAUCCUUUAUUAGAUUUUGAAAAGCAAAAUUUUAUGGAUCUAAUUUUAAAAACCAUUUUUUCCAUGGUUUGAUACCCAUUUUACAAUUUUUUUUAGGAUAUUUGAGAAAAAAUUAUCAAUGGCUACUGAAUUGGUCAAAUAAAGGAAAAGAAAAAUAAAUAUUAUUGUAAGCACAAUACAAUUCCCAGUCAAACUUUGAAAAACAUUAUAUUGGGUACUUUUUUGUAAUUAUUCUUGUUUGUAGUUUCCUUUUUGUAAAUAAUUAUCUUUAUAAAUAGAUUACGUAUGUACAACUUCAAACGUGAUAUUAAGAGAAACUCUCACUUUUGUCUAACUGUAAAUGUAAAAACUAACAUCUGUAAUUAAUGUGACGUGUGUAUGCCCCCUGUAGUAUUGUGUAAAUUCAACUCAAGCAUUUGAAAUGAGAAGAUGUAAAUUUGUAAAACUAUUUUUGUAAAUUAAAACCGAAUCACUAACAUACUUUUGUAGAAGACGAAAAAAGUACUGCAGUCAAUAAAGAAUACUUGUUACAGAUGUUUUGAUGGUGAAACUAGAAGAAAUACUUAUUUUACUUCGAAUUAUGGUUACUUUUCCUUUUUCACUUAAAAAAAUAGAAUUUAUGAUAAUUUCUAUGAUUUUCCAUUACAACAUAAAAAGAUACUUGCGAAAGUUUUAAGAAUUAAAUUUAAAAUUAGAGUAAAAAUUCGGGAACACUGCAAUCAAGAUAGGAGCCGUUCGUAAAAUAUUUCCAGAUUUUUAGACACCGCCCUCCUCCUCCUCUGUACCUUUUUUGUGAUGGAGAUCCUUAUCCUUGAACGUGUAAAAAUAAAAUGGUGUAACGCUCCCCAUGACCCUCCUCCCCUCUAGAGCAAAAUGUAUCUUAUGAACGGCAUGUAUUCUAGUUUCAUUAUUGACAAGAAAAAGGUGAAGUAGUUAAUGUAGCGAAGUCAUCUUUAACCAACCUAAUAUUUUGAUUUAUAGACGCGCCUUAGUUUCAUCAAUUUUAAGGAAAUUUUUAAUGCGACAAUUAACCUCAGAAAAAAUUGUUAGUCUGCAAUUUCAGGUGGUACAUUCAAAAACUCGUUAAAAUUACUUUGAGCCUUUUUGCUGAGAAGCAAAGGCCAGCAGUUCUGAAUAGAAUGCUUCAAAAUCUGAUUUACUUCAUCAGAAUUUUUAGUAAGUAAUUCUCCAUCUUCUUUAAUCGGGUGAAAUGCUGUGUUUAAAGUAUUUGGAAUCUUUUAAAUUUUUACUGUGGUAGGAAGUUCUAUAAUGCACUUACUAAGCAACAUUUUAGUAUUUUUUGCAACCCCUACUGAAACUAAAUCAGGUUUUGUAAAGAAAUAAAUAAAAAAGUUCAGUUAAUCUUUGUUCUUAAGACUAACCAUUAGGUAUGUUUUUUAAGAAUGAGUUUUUUUAGUCAACUGUAAAUACUCUUAAUGUUUAGGUUGUUUUUUUUUUAUUAAUUGUAUCAACAAUUUUUUGUUAACUGUGUAAUAACUUCAUCAUUUUUCAUUUUUUAUUUAUUUCACAACUGUGCAUCUUCAUUUUGUUUUGUGCUUUAGCAUUUUCAUGUCUGUGCCUCAUAUGUAUAAUUUAUUGUAAAUCAUCUUCAGCGUUAAGCUUACUUUUUUGUGUGUGUACCAAUACUGAUUAUUGGUCACAUGGCUAAUUUCUUAGUCCCCCUCCCCCCUCAUCUUUAUCUUACGUUAAAGACUUAUCUUGGUCCAUUAAAAUAAUCAUUUUAUGGAAAAUUCUGUCCCAUAUCUUGCCAUCAACACAAGACAACGUAUUGAUAAGUUUUCAAGUUACCAUUCUUUUUUUUUGGAGGCUCUAGUUGUUGUAGUUUACUUUUUGCUGGUCUGACUUUUUUUCAGAGCUGUCAAGAAGUCUAUUUUGCUGAUAAAACAGUUAAUAGAAUCGCAAUUUGGUCUCUGUCUAUAUAGCUUUUCCCAGGUAAUAAACAAAACAAAAUAGCUUAUCUCCGGUAUGAAAACCAUUGAUUCUAAACAAGAACUCUUGCUCCAUCUAGUCUAAAUUUAUAAAACAACUUAAAACGCGUGGAUAUUAGAUAGAUAAUUGUAUUUAUCAAUGAUUGUUCUGGAUUAUGACAUAGUUUGCAGGGCAAAUCAGAUUUCUAAAUGACCUAAAGCAGUGUUGCCAUGAUUUCAAUCACUCUUAAUAGCUUUGAAAAGCACAGCAAACAGUAAAGACAUUUUUACUCUGUGGAAGGUACCUUAAAUAAGACAACAAUGAAAUACGCAUGAGAAUUUAAUUUUUAGUGGGCAUUUAAGCAACACAUAACGCCAUUUUUUCAAUUUUUUUAGUUUUCCCUCUCCUAGUGAGUCCCCCCUUUGAUGAGCCCUCUCUCUCUCUCUCUCUUGCGGCAAGAACCCUCAUUCUGAAAUCAGACCUGCCAUUGUGGUAAUGUAAUGGUGGGUAAGACUCCCCCUUUCCCAAUUUUCAUUGGUUAAUUUGAUGAAAUGUAGACAUUAAAUCCUUUCUCCCUCCACAAUUUGAAAUUUCACUGAAUCAUAGGUUGUAGCACCUUCUUUUUCCUGUAAUGUCUCAUCGUCCAAGCUCAGACCCUACACCCCUCCCUAAGUGCAUUAUGUUUUACCUAAAUGCUCCUAUCUGUUAAUUUUUACCUAGUCACUAAUCAUUCAUCCAUUUCCAUUGCCAGUCAAUGAACCGAUUGUAAAAACAUCGAUUUUGUAGUUAAGAUAAUUUAUUUCGUAUUUUUAACACUACCUUAUCAUUAAUCUUGGAGAGAUUCGAAUACAAUGUGUUUCAUCCAUUUGUAAUGUACUUAUUUGUUUUAGUGUUUGUGAAUAGAUUAACUGUUUAACUGUUGACAAAAAAAUUAACUGUGAAUUGAAAAUAGUAAAUUAUAAUUAAGUAAAUGCACAGUAUUAAGUAGGUCAACUUAUUAUUCUCUUUUUGUAUCAUGUAUGAUCCAGUGGGACGUUAGUAAAUUUCUACCUACUCUGGUCAUAUUUUGUCCUCAGUAACGUACCAGCUUCAGAGAUAUUGUAUCAUUCGGGAUGUAUACUUUUCAGAUCCACUAUGAUGAAUGCUGGAAAAGUCUGCUAAAGUACUGAAAAUAAAUUCUGUUUAUGCUUUAAGCCAACCAUAUGCUUCGCUCUGAAAUUAAUAUUUUGUAUCUAAAAUUUUAUCUUGUAAUUUUUAAGAAAUCUAAGCCCAUGAAAGUUUUUUUAGUGGAUCGGAAAUUGUGAUUUUUUGGUAUGGCUGUAAUUUUUCGUUGAGGAAAAUUUAGACUCUGUAAUAAGUUUCGCACUAUGUCCUAGUGCAUCCCAACUUAAUCGCUUUCCUUUUUUUGUCCAAGUAAACUUUCUCUGGUUGCUUUUUGUACCAAGCAGACUCUAAGAGCCGUUGUCAUAGUUGUUUCUGAAACUUUAAGACCUCUUUUAGCCAUAAGCAAUACUUUGCCAGAGGGAGCCUUUGAACUAGAGUAUGCAUCCCCAAGGGGCGUGGAAUAAGAUAUCUAAUACGAGGUUACAAGUAUCCAUAGUAAAUUUUAACUAUCAUGCUUAGUUCUCACUGUGCAGUCUGAAAUCUGGUGCUAUGAGUGUAGUCAUUUGUGUCGGGAGGGAGAAAAUUCUUUUGUUUGUUUUAGUGUUGGUACCUCAUCAUCAGUUUCCCUCUACAGAGAACAAAAUGUAAGUUCUCCAAGAAACAUUUUUUGGGAACCAAUGCAAGUAUAAAACGCUGAUAAAAAAAAUGUGAAUGGAAAAUAUCAUAACCCUCUUAACUGAAGUAUUUCUGUUGAGAAUAUGCUUUGUUAAUGUUUACAAGUGUAAAAUCAAAUUUCAUCAGUUUUUAACAAAUUUUGCCUGACUUAGACCAAAAAAAAUUUUACUUACAUUUUAAUCCAUCAAUCGAAUUUUUCUGCGUUAAUUUUGGUGUCAUUUUAGUCACCUAUUUAGCAGGCAUUUUUGAUUGAUCAUUUUAUUUUUUUAAAUCAACCUUCUAUGCAGAUUUCCUCAAUUUCAUUCCUCACAGAACAUUUACAAAUAUUUUCCUCUCAAGAAAAUGUCUAUGCAGAUUAAGUAAGCACCUACCUAUUUUAACUUAAUUUUUAAAUUGUUUAUUUUUAAUAAAAUGACUAAAAUUUUUAAA